CUUUCUCACAAAGUAAAGUCUUGAUUUGUUUAAUCUCCAUCUCAUCUCAUCUCAUCUCAUCUCAUCACAUUAUUACAAACAAACCCAAGAAAUUCUUAGAAGAGAAAGUUAGGUUGGAAAGAGAUCCAAUUCUAGAUGGGAUUUGUGAGUUUUCUCAAGAUGGGUUUGAAGUGCUUCUUCGAUUUUCUUGCUUGGCCUCUCUUUGCUCUGGUCUGUCCUCUAUAUGCCUCAGUAUGGGCAAUCGAGAGUAAUUCCAACUCGGACAUGCGAAAUAUUGUGGCUUAUUGGAUUGUUUUCUCUUUGAUUUCUCUCUUCGAGCUUGCUUUUGUGAAACUCAUUGAGUGGCUUCCAUUCUGGCCUUACAUGAAGCUAAUGGCCAUUUGUUGGUUAGGCCUACCCCACUUUAAUGGUGCUUGCUAUGUUUAUGAGUGCCUUAUUCGUCCGUGUUUAUCUGUGAAUCCACAAGGAGUUAUCAGACAGUUUGUCAAACACAAGGAGAACGUAUCUCUCAAUGCAGAAAGCUUUCUAGCUGUGGCAGAGAUGUAUGUUAAAGAGAACGGAUCUGAAGCUUUGGAGAAACUCAUCGACAGAAAGUCCAAUCAUACAAUGCCAAAGAUUGAUGUGGAAGAGAUCAAGGCAAUAACAAAUACGGUAGCAAAAGAAACAGUUGAGACAAAAGAAAUGGCUGCAGCAAUUCAGUCCAAAUUCAAGGAGCCUAAUGUUGCCAACAAGGAUGCCAAAACAGUGGAACCAAAGGAGAAAAUUCUUGCAGCUUCAACACAAUGGUCCAAAUUCAAAGAAUUUGCUGUUGCUAAGGAGAAUGCCAAAGCAGAAGAACUGAACGAGAAAAAUUCCACAACUGCAACAGAACAGGUUAAGUGUGUUGAAGAGCCAAAUCUUUCUCAAACUGAGAAGAGAACAGUUACCUCUAUUAAAAUUGAGGAAAAGACCGUGAUAGAAGAUGUUAGAGAGAACGAAGUUGAGGAGGUACCUGCUGUCGCAGCUGGUGGUGGAGAGAACAAAGUUAAGGAGAGACCUGCUUCAGAGAAUGUUCAGAAAGAGUGGACGUGUGCUGUAUGUCAGGUGACGACCUUGUGUGAAGAAAACUUGAAGUCUCAUCUUCAGGGGCGAAGACACAAAUCCACUUGUGCAGAGCUGAAAGCAAUCAAGCAAGCAAUCAAGCUAGCAAACAAAAACAAGGGCUGCCCGUCUUCAACAGCCAAUCAGGAGCCCCAAAAGCCCAUUGCUGGUGAUUGGAUAAACCAAAAUAAAAGUAAGAAACAAGUGGACAUCGCACAAGUGAACCGGAUUAUUGAGCAACGCAAACAGAAAGAAGUAAAGAACACUACUGGGUAUGGGGUGAACAAGUCUAAAUUAUGUUGCUUUAUCUGUAAUGUUAAGUGCCCUGGUGAGGUUCAUAUGGUUUCUCACCUUAAUGGGAAGAAGCACUUGUCCCGGGUUCAACAUAUAGUGGAUUCUUUGGGUGGAGCAGAUUAAUAGGAUCAUGGAGGCAGUUUAGUAUUUCAUCCCAACAAGACUAGCAUACCUGCAGAAGAAAUUAAACAUUGACAUGGUUGUUUCUACUAAUGAUUUUGUGGUUUUCAGUUCCAGCUUUUUUUGGGGUCAUAUCUGUCUCGACUAGAUAAUGUAUACAAAUGGGAUGUUAUGUAUUUUGGAACAGCUGUACGAUUUAAAUAGAUUUUUAUGUGGCCAGUCUUUGAUUUAAGUAA